UAAUCGCCGUCGAUGUCAGAGCACGCGGCGAUUAGGGCCAGGCGGCAACGAAUUCGCUCCGAUAUAAAUAGAGAGGAGGCCGCCGCCGCCGCCGCGUCACGGCAGGGAGACAUUUGGGGAUAUGUGGUGCUCAAGGGUUGCGAGCAGCGCCGUUUGACAGGUUCCAGUCCUGCGCAACACGUGCGGGAUGCGUGCGGGUCGCAGUCGAUAUGGGGGCCGGCGUAACUUCUGCGCGAGUUAGCAGCCUCUCGUGAAACAACGUAAACGUUUUGGCAACUUGUGAGUGGAAGUCAUUAAACCUCGCACAUCCGUCAUUUUCCAGCCGUCAUUAUGAACGAAAUGCCGACAAAAACCGCCGAGGUGGAGUUAUUCCUCACAAAUAUCCACGACGACAUCAAGGUACAAACUGUCAAUUCGAGAUCGAGACAGCACUUGGCAGCAAUCUUAGCCAACUUCGCCGCGAUUUGCACGGGGGUCGUGAUGGGCUGGACGGCCCCCGCGCUGCCCGUCCUGCAGCGGGAGAGCAAUUGCUCGCUUCCGCUCUGCCUCUCCGACGGACAGGCCUCUUGGAUGACCGCCUUCAUGCCCUUGGGAGCUCUGCUCGGCGCCAUCCCGGUGGGCUACCUCGCCGACCUCUUGGGCCGUAAGAGAGUACUCCUCUCCGUCGCGGUGCCCUUUAUUUUCGGUUGGAUGCUCAUCAUUUUUGCCGGCGAUUCGGUUUGGACUGUGUAUGCUGGUCGAUUUUUCACUGGCUUGGGUGUUGGGGCCAGCACUGUUCUUGUACCCCUCUACUGCGAAGAAAUUGCCGAAGAUGCCAUCAGAGGUGCCCUGGGAGCGUACCUCGGCUUCAUGAUCUGCAUAGGGUUGCUUUGUAUAUAUACUUUAGGAGCAUUACUUCCUUAUUUUUGGUACACCAUCAUAGCAUGCCUUCUUCCAUUUGUAUUUGUUAUCUCCUUUAUGUGGAUGCCUGAGUCUCCAGUCUUCCUUGCUAGCAUUGGUAAGAUGGAAGCUGCCAAAAAGUCCCUACUGUGGCUCAGAAAUAGUAGUAGAGAGGAUGAUAUUCAACCAGAAUUUGAUGGCAUGUUGGCUUUCAUUAAAGAUCGUUCUGAUGAGAAAGUACGCAAGUCUUUCCUAAUUUUCUGCUCCAAAAGACCAUUCAGGUCUACAACUGCCAGGGCAGUUGCUAUUAUUCUUGGAUUAAUGUUUUUCCAACAGAUGAGUGGAAUUACUGCUGUGGAAUCAUAUACUGUUCAAAUCUUUAAUGAUGCUGGCAGUAGCUUGCCAGGGAACAUGUCAACUGUAGUUAUGGGAGCUGUUCAAGUUGUUGCAACCCUAUGCUCGUCUUUUACUGUUGAUCAUUUGGGUAGAAGAUUCCUUCUCCUUCUGUCAUCUGUGGUGAUGGCACUGUGCCUCGCAUGUUUUUCAAUUUAUUCAUAUUUUAAUAACAAUGGAUUUGAUGUUGAUUCGUGGAGGUGGGUUCCCCUCGUUGUUUUGAAUGUGUUUGUGAUUGUUUAUGCUCUGGGAUUUGGUCCUCUGCCAUGGUUCAUGAUGGCUGAAUUGCUGCCUAUGAAAGCAAAAGGUUGGGCAAGUGCUAUGACAGUAUCCUUCAAUUGGAAAAUAGCACUUGGCCUCACAAAAGAGUUUCCUCUAAUGCUAAAGUAUGCUGGUCAAGAUAUUACUUAUGCAACAUUGAGUGUUUUUUGUAUAUGUGGAACAAUUUUUGUAGCUCUGUUUGUUCCAGAAACAAAAGGUAAAACAAAAACAGAAAUUCAGGCAGCUUUAGGAGGAGAUAAACCUUAA